AUGCCCCGAAAAUCAACCAGCAGCAGCACCCCCGGCGACGACGGCGGACCAGAACAGUCCCAAUCCCAACAAAUACACUCCCAAUCCCCUUCAGACAUCGUCCACCUUCCCGAAUCAACAGGCCAAAUGGUCGAAGCGACAGAACAACAACUCAAGGCGCGGGCAGAGGGGGGUGUGAGUAUUGAGGACUACCUCCUCCCCCGUUCCCUCACCCUGCGACUAGCAAAAUCCGUUCUUCCCCCGAAUACAUCCAUACAGAAGGAUGCGGUAUUGGCAAUUCAGAAGGCCGCGACGGUGUUUGUCUCGUAUUUGUCGUCGCAUGCCAACGAAGCAACCCUCAAACGAACCGUCGCGCCGUCAGACGUCUUCAGCGCCAUCUCGGAACUAGAGUUCGAUGGGUUUCGCACACGAUUGGAGCAGGAGUUGGAGGCGUUUACGGAGUUGAAGGCUGGGAAGAGGAGGGCGAAGAAGGGGGAUAGUGGUACUACUGCUGCUGCUGCCGCAGAGGGAGUUGGGAAAAGUGGGGAUGCCGAGGAAGAGGAGGGGGAUGGGGAUAGAGGGGUGAAGAGGGUGAAGCGGGCAGAGGGGGAGAAGAAGAAUGGUAUUGGUGCUGGAGGGGAGGAAGAGGAGGGGGAUGAGACGCAGGAGGAACACGAGCAGGAACAGGAGCAGGAAGAUGAAGAGGAAGAGGAGGAGGAAGAGGAAGAAGAUGACGAGGAAGAAGAAGAAGAAGAACAUAAGGAUGACGAGGAUGAUGAUAUUGAUCGGGUUGAGGAUUUGGAUCGGGCUAGACGGCCGACGAAUCCGGAUGUUGAGGGGGAUGAUUCGGACAGUGAGGAUGAGGAUGGGCCUGGGAGUCAGCUGCGAGGGGAUUUGGGACUGGGUUAA